CUGCCCUUCAGGAAGAUGGCCGCACAGGAAGGCGCUGGAGGAUUGGCAGGGAUGUCUCAUGGCAGACGGUUGCCGGUUGCCUCGUUCGAAUCAUUCUUAACCUCAUCUGGGGACCCGGAGCUAUACAGUCAGCAGAUUGCUGUCAGGGAUUUCCAACGGCACAUGAGCAGGAUGUAUAGCCUGCAGCCCGCAGAUACGGAGACCUUCCGAACAGAGCUCAAUCUGCUGCUGGAUCUGCUUAUCUCCCAGGAUUAUAGCAAGGGGUCCCCGGGGAUAGGAGAGGAGGUGGUUUGUGCCUUACUCGUUCAAGCGUGCCACCUUGUUCAGCUCAACCAGGAACAUCUUGUCAGUAAAGUUUGUCAACUCAUACACUAUCUGCUUAACAGACUGCAGGUAAUUGUUGAUGAGCAGAAUUUGGAUUUUCUCCUUGGAUUUUCAGUUUCUGCUUUGAAACAAUGUAGCUCCUGGACCCAUGUGGAAAUCCUGCAUGCGUUGGCAGCUUUAGUUUACAGCAAUGGGCAUAAGUGCCAGAAGUAUCUUCCAUAUUUGUUGGGACCAACUGGAAUCCUUGUACAAUUUAGUGACGCCAGCAAAACAGACCCUGAGUUACUGAGAGCUGCAGUUCACUGCAUGGCCAAUCUAUGCCUCUGGUAAGUGCUGUCUUAAUGCCUAUCCAUGCCAUUUUAAAUGACCUGUUUUAAAAUAUUUCUUGCAGUCCUCCAGAGCCCAAGAAUUAACAUAGUGGAUGAGAUCGCAAAUUGCACUUUACUGCAGAAUGCUUUGAAAGGUAUACAGUCUAUAUUAAAUGGUAGCAAAAUGUUAUUGAAGGAAACGGAUCAACUUGGAUCGUUGCUUGCUGUGCUUAAGAAAUACAUGCUGCAUGGACUUCCUGGAUUCAAUAUAGAAAUGCCUUCAAUUCUUUAUCCCACUCCCCUACCUCAGUAUGAUGGAAUUUCACCUGCAAAAUCUGAGCAAAAGGAGGCAACCACAUCUCGACCAACCGGGAACAAAAAGAAGAAAUCCAGGACUAAACAAAAGAAAAUCCAGCAGGAGAAUGAGAACAAGGAUGGAAUAGAAAGUGAAUCUGGGGAUGGACUAACUGCUGCUGUUGACAGAUUGAAACUGUGUGCAGCAGAUGGAAUAAACAAUCCCUACUUAACUCCUCAGAGGUCACCAUUGAAAAAUACUGGAAAGGAUCCACCACACUCGCCAUCUUUAAGAUUUAAAAAAUUUAACAGCAGUGACUCUGACUUUUCAGAUGCUGAAGGUGGUUUACAAAGUAAAAUAAGGUCUUUCCAAGCUAAAGUUCGACAAGGGGCAAUAUCCUGCUUUCUGUCUACAAUAAAAUCCAUUGAAAAGAAAGUUCUUUAUGGUUAUUGGUCAGCCUUCGUCCCUGAUAUGCCUGGUUUAGGAAGUCCACAAUCUGUGUCUCUAAUGACAGUUAUACUUAAAGACUAUUCUCCAAAGACUCGUGCUUGUGCAUUACAAGUUCUUUCUGCCAUAUUGGAUGGAUCAAAGCAGUUCCUUUCUGUUGCUGAUGAUGCAAGUGAAUAUAAACAAGCCUUUACACCGUUUUCAGUCACCAUUGCCUCAAGUAUAAGGGAACUGCACAGAUGUCUCCUUCUAGCAAUGGUUGCUGAGUCUUCAGCGCAAACACUCACACAAAUCAUUAAGUGCCUUGCAAACUUGGUAGCAAAUGCUCCUUAUCAUCGUAUGAAGACAGGUCUACUCACUAGAGUUUGGAACUACGUUAAACCUUAUAUCCACAAUAAAGAUGUAAAUGUUCGAGUAUCGGGCCUUACAUUGUUGGGUGCUAUUGUCUCUGCUCAAGUACCACUACCUGAGGUACAGUUACUACUGCAGCAACCAGUUUCAGUGCAACCAAACGGUGGUCCUAGCACCAUUACACGGCUCAGUGAUCUUGACUGGUGGAGAAAAGAAACCUUUCCAGAGCUAGAAAUGAGCGAAACCAAUCCUCAAAAGCCACAGGCUGAGCCAUGCUGGCUAGUACGUUUGUGCAUUUCACUAGUGAUUAAUCCAAGGGAAGACUCCUAUUCUGACAGUGAUGUCAGCUCUGCCACGACUCUCCAGUAUGAACCCUCUCCUGUCCGCUUGGAAGCACUUCAGGUGUUGGCUUGCCUGGUAAAGGGAUAUUUCAAUAUGGCACAGAGCUAUCUCAUGGAGUUGGGAGAAGUCGCUUGUAAAUGUGUGCAAGAGAUGGAUGCAUCGAUUCAACUUCAUGGUGCUAAGCUUUUGGAAGAGCUGGGAACUGGAAUUGUUCAGCAGCAGAAAACUGAUUUGUUAAUCCCUGCUGAAAAGAAAGUGACUGUUAGUCAGGCUGUAGCAUUUUGGAACAUGAUUCUGAGUGGUCCUUUACCAGCUGCCUUGCAAAAUGAGCAACAUCCUACCCUUCAAACAAGUGCCUGUGAUGCUUUAUCAUCUGUCUUGCCAGAGGCAUUUACCAGUCUACCAGAUGACUGUCAGAUACUUUGUAUAACACUUAUGCUUGGCCUGAACCACAGUGAAAAUCCUCUAGUGAAGGCAGCAGCUGCACGAGCUCUUGGUGUAUAUAUCCUGUUCCCGUGUCUUCGACAGGAUGUCAUGUUUGUAGCGGACUCCGCUAAUGCUAUUCUGAUGUCCCUUAGUGACAAGUCUCCAAAUGUUCGUGCCAAGGCAGCCUGGUCUUUGGGCAACCUUACUGACACCUUAAUUGUUAACAUGGAAAUGAUUGGGCAAAGUUUCCAAGAGGAAUUUUCUGAUAUGCUGCUUCUGGAAAUGUUGAAGUCGGCAACCGAAGCUUCUAAAGACAAAGAUAAGGUGAAAAGUAAUGCUGUACGUGCUUUAGGGAAUCUGCUGCAUUUUUUGCAGCCGUACCACAUUCUGAAGCCCAGGUUUACUGAAAGCAUUGAGAGUGCAAUCAGAGCCCUUAUCUCUACAGUUCUUGGGGAGAGCACCAUGAAAGUGAAGUGGAAUGCUUGCUAUGCAUUGGGAAAUGUUUUCAAAAACACAGCUCUUCCACUCGGUAAAGCUGUGUGGACUUCCGAUGCUUAUCAUGCACUCACUACAGCUGUGAAAUCAUGCAAGAAUUUUAAAGUGCGGAUUAAAUCGGCAACAGCUCUCGCAACACCUUCCAAAAGAGAACAGUAUGGAACUACUGAACAAUACAGCGAAAUCUGGAAUUCUUUAGUGACCGCGCUAGAGAAGAGUGAAGAGACCGAAGAUUUUCUGGAGUUUAAAUACUGUGCUAGCCUCCGUGGACAAAUAUGCCAAGCUUUGAUACACAUGCUAGGCAUGGCAAGCUUAGGAGAUCUACCAUGCAUUCAAAAGACUGUAGUGCAGAAAGGAAGCCUGAUCAGGAAUUACUUAGUACAGUAUGUGAAAUCCGGAGCAGAUGAGAAUGAGACGCACACCGACAGGGAAAAAGUAUUUCGGAAAGCAACAGAUCAUAUAUGCAGUAUACAAGAGGACCCGUUAGGUAGAAAGGUUAUUGCUGAGGUUGCUUUCCUUCAAGACAUAUUACAUAGUUGUGAAAAAGAAAUAGACGCUUAAAUUGAACUUGAGCUUUGUGCACACAGGACAAAGC